CGCGCGGUGGACUCGGCGGCGUCGAGUAGUUAGUUGUUGUUAGUGUCAGUUGGUCGGCGGCGGUGGCCGCGGUGAGCAGGAAGGGGACCGGCCGGCUGGCGAUGGUGGUCACCGCGGUGGCGUGUGCGCCCCUCAGAACCCAGGGUGAGUUCUUGGGAACAAAACAGACUGUGCGGACCAUUUAAGAGGACAUCUGGGCUUCCAAGCAGCCUGUCGUGUUAUCUGGAUGGACAGAAUCCCUGCUGACUUUUCACAGCCAGAUGUGGAUGCUCCUCUUUCCAGCACUGGUGAAGUGAUCUUGUUGGCAGUGAAGUGAAUGCUGGAUUAGAGAAGGGCAAAACUGGAAGCAAGAUCAGAUGCCUGCUCGGUGGACAUUUCUGAAGCCCGUUUGGUUGGGGGAGUCAGUGAUGUGGAGGACUGUGGCUGACGUGAACGUCUGUGGCGUCCAGCCUGGAUCACGAGCAGGAAGCCUGAAAUGGGUGAUUGCGCUGGAAGAAAAUGAAGGGCAUGAAAGGCUAGAGGUAUUUGCCUAAACUGGAACUUAUGCUGUAGCUAUUUCUUUGUGGAUUUGUCUAAAAACCUAAGGAAAAGAGCAACUGUGGUCCAUUUGUAAGGGAAGAAAAGGAAGAAUGACAGAAUGCCUGGAGUUGGAGCCACUUGAACUGGUAAACAUUGCUAUCUUCAGAAAAUAAGGUAUGAGAGGCAAGGAAGAGAGGACAUUCAUCUUGGAAGGAUCCAAAGUACUUUGAAAUUUUAAAGGAAUGUAAUGAUAGCUGCUAAAACUACCAUAAUGGAUGAAGUACGUCAAAUUUAACUGAUGGAUCAUACUUAACAAGAGCUGCUAUGAUACAUAGGGGAGGUGAAAACUAACCGAUGAAAGUUGUGCCAUGCACUGAAAGGAAAGCAUUGUCUGUGAAGUUCUAUUUUUAAAAAUGUCUGCUUGUAACACCUUUACUGAACACGUUUGGAAACCUGGUGAAUGCAAGAACUGCUUUAAACCCAAACGCUUACACCAGCUGCCCCCAGAGCCCGAGAAGGCCCCCACCUCCCCCGGCAAUGUGAAAACUAAUGCCAAUCACAGCAACAACCGUCGCGUCAGAAACACCGGGAAUUCCCGGCCUCCUGUGGCUAAAAAACCCACUAUAGCUGUGAAGCCCACUAUGAUGGUGGCAGACGGGCAAAGUGUGUGUGGUGAGCUUAGUAUCCAAGAACACUGUGAGGACAAACCUGUCAUUACAGGGAGGAGCCAAAGCAGGACAGCCGUGACGCAGAAACCACUUACUACUAAUAAUUAUAAUGCAGCUGGUAUUGAAGGACUUAGCCAUGUUCCUAACCCUUACGGCAGUAGUGAUACUGCAAAGAAGGGAUCAGGUAACAACAGUGGACUCACUGAAGUGUUGAAGGAGAUAGCAGGCUUGGGUACCACCCCUCAGAGCAGAGGAAAUGAAACCAACUCCCGAGAAACGUUCUUAGGAAGAAUAAAUGAUUGCUAUAAACGAUCCCUGGAAAGAAAGCUUCCACCGAGUUGCAUGAUGGGUGGGAUGAAGGAUACUCAGGGCAGGCACGUCAUUCUGAGUGGGAGCACAAAGGUGAUCAGUAACGAAGGGGGCCGCUUCUGCUACCCGGAGUUUUCCAGUGGCGAGGAGAGCGAGGACGACGCGCUUCUUGGUGACAUGGAAGAGGAGCGUGAGAGCUGGGAUGAGAGUGACGAGGAGCUGCUGGCCAUGGAGAUUCGCAUGAGAGGGCAGCCGCGCUUCGCUAACUUCAGGGCGAACACCUUGUCCCCUGUUCGAUUCUGUGUGGACAAAAAAUGGAACACUGUCCCUCUGCGAAAUAAGUCUCUGCAGAGAAUCUGUGCUGUGGAUUAUGAUGACAGUUACGAUGAAAUCCUGGACGGUUAUGACCAGACUCCUCUGGUGUCCUGUGGGCCAGGAAGUGCUCAGAGCGUGGUGUCAGUGGGCUCCACCUCACCAGACUCUUCCUUAACAGAAGAAUCACGUUCUGAGACAGCCAGUAGUUUAUCCCAGAGGGUCUGUAAUAGAGGACUAGUGCCUGGGAACCCCGGAGAUUCCAAGGACGUGAAGGAAAGCCUGUGUGGUGACGAUCAGAAGGAGUCAUCCUCACAGGCAUCCAGAAGAUCCGCAAAAGUUCCGGAGACACACAAAGCAGUCCUUGCUCUCCGGCUGGAAGAGAAGGAUGGCAAGAUUGCUGUACAAACUGAGAAGCAAGAGAGUAAAGCCUCUACAGAUAUCACCGGGCACGCAGUAACCAUAAACCUCGUUCCUGCAGAAGAACAAGCGAAGCCCUACCGCGUUGUGAAUCUCGAGCAGCCGCUGUGCAAGCCGUACACUGUGGUGGACGUGUCGGCAGCCAUGGCGAGUGAGCACCUGGAGGGCCCUGUGCACAGCCCCACGACCAAAACCUCAUCUUCUACUCCAGACCCUCCAGUGCUGUCACCUCCAUCGACAGCAGGACAAAUAAGUGCCCAUUUCCAAAAGUCCAGUGCAAUCCGGUACCAGGAGGUAUGGACUUCCAGUACCAGUCCACGCCAAAAGAUACCCAAGGUGGAGUUAAUUAGUGGUGGAACUGGGCCAAAUGUCCCCCCAAGGAAAAGCUGUCACAAAUCAGCACCCACAUCACCCAUAGCUACAAACAUUUCCUCCAAAACCAUCCCUGUGAAGUCACCUAAUUUGUCUGAAAUAAAAUUUAAUAGUUACAACAAUGCUGGUAUGCCGCCUUUUCCAAUCAUCAUUCAUGACGAGCCAACGUAUGCUCGGAGUUCCAAAAAUGCUAUCAAAGUUCCCAUUGUAAUCAAUCCAAAUGCAUAUGACAAUCUCGCCAUUUAUAAAAGUUUUCUCGGCACAAGUGGAGAUCUUUCAGUGAAGGAAAAAACCACGAGUAUAAUAAGCCAUACUUAUGAAGAAAUAGAAACUGCAAGCAAAGUGUCUGAUGACACCGCCAGCAAGGCCACCGAAUGUCCCCAAGCUAAAGGGUCUGCAAACAGCACCGAUCGGAAGAGGGGCUCAGUGGCCCAGAAGGUCCAGGAGUUUAACAGCUGUCUUAACAGAGGUCAGACUUCACCACAGAGAAGCUAUAGUUCCGGCCGCAGCUCCCCAAACAAGGUCCACAGAACCACUCAAGAGCCUGCUGCCAAAACAGAAGGCGCCCAGGAGCCUCCGACGCCGGGCAGCGGCAGCCGGGAGAAGGCGAGCACCGUGCUUUCCCAGAUCGUGGCCUCCAUCCCGCCCCCACAGUCUCCGCCAGAAGUGCCCGCGUCUGGCCCGAAGGCGUGCAGUGUGGAAGAGCUUUACGCGGUUCCUCCAGAUGCUGGUGCUGCCAGGACUACACCAGUCCGGCCCAAAUCUCUCUUUACAUCGCAGCCCAGUGGUGAGGCAGAAGCCCCGCAGAGCGCAGAAAACCUCACCACCAAAGUGCAGAAAGAUCCGCUGGCAAAGCCAGUCACCAGCCCUCCUUCCAAACUAGUGACCGACCCCCACACUGAGCCCCCACCUCCCUUCCCCCCACCACGCUCUACUUCCUCCCCUUACCAUGCAAGUAACCUUUUGCAGAAGCAUUUCACCAACUGGACCAAGCCCACCAGCCCUCCCAGGUCCACAGAAGCUGAGUCAGUUUUGCACUCGGAAGGCAGCAGGCGGGCAGCGGAUGCAAAACCUAAACGCUGGAUAUCAUUUAAAAGCUUCUUCCGCCGUCGGAAAACGGAUGAGGAGGAAGACAAAGAGAAAGACCGAGACAGAGGAAAACUGGUGGGCCUCGAUGGCACAGUCAUCCACAUGCUGCCUCCUCCCCCGGUCCAGCGCCAUCACUGGUUCGCGGAGGCUAAAGGGGAACCGAGUGAGAAGCCUGCCAUUAUCUUCACGUACAGGUGUGACCCUGCCCAGGGCCAGCUGGCGGCGGAGAGCUCGGCCAGGGCCGACCGGCCGGCCGGCGUGGGGAAGGCUGCCACAGAGAACGGGGCACCGCAGAGCUCUGAGAAGAACACAAGGACCCAUUCUUCUCCCUCCCAGAUCCCUAAAGACAUGCUCAGUCAUGUGACCCAUGAAGUGACAGAGGAUUUUUCUCCUUGGGAUCCAAGAACUGUUGUGAAGCAAGAUGGCAAGAGCUGCACACCAGCAUUGCCCGUGCCUGAGCUGGAAACGGAAGAGGAAAAAGAAGACAUUUCAAAUCCCGUGGACCCAAAUCCCUGUAGUGCAACAUACAGCAACUUAGGGCAGUCUAGAGCAGCCAUGAUCCCUCCCAAGCAUCCACGACAGCCUAAGGGAGCUUUGGAUGAUGGCAUUACCUUUGCUGGGAAAACAGACCAAGAAGCACCUAAUGAUUCCCAGCCUACCCCACCCCCGCUGCCAAAGAAAACAAUCGUAAGAGCCAAUACAGAGCCAACCUCCAAAGACCUCCAGAAAUCCACAGGAACUAGUCUCUGUGUCAUGGCUAAUCCCACCUACGAUAUUGAUCCCAACUGGGAUACUAGCAGCGCUGGCUCUUCUGUCAGUUAUGAACUCAAGGGCCUGGACAUUGAGUCUUACGACUCCUUGGAGAGACCUUUGCACAAGGAGCGCCCUGUCCCCUCAGCAGCAAACAGCAUCUCCAGCUUAACCACUGUCAGUAUUAAGGACAGAUGCUCUAACAGCAUGGAAUCCCUGUCCAGUCGGCGUGGCCCCUCCUGCAGACAGGCCUGGGGCAUCCAGAAGCCACAGAGACAAGCACUUUAUCGAGGACUUGAGAGUCAGGAAGAAGUGGUGGGGAAGAUCCGAAGCCUUCAUACGGACACCUUGAAGAGACUGGCUGUUAAAUGCGAAGACAUCUUCAUGGCUGGGCAGAAAGACCAACUCCGUUUUGGGGUGGACAGCUGGUCAGAUUUCAGGCUCACCAGUGACAAGCCGUGUUGUGAGGCAGGAGAUGCCGUCUACUACACAGCUUCAUAUGCAAAAGAUCCACUUAAUAACUAUGCAGUCAAGAUCUGUAAGAGCAAAGCCAAGGAGUCGCAGCAGUACUGUCACAGCUUGGCUGUUCGGCAGAGUCUGGCUGUCCAUUUUAACAUCCAGCAGGACUGUGGUCAUUUCCUUGCCGAAGUCCCUAAGCGUCUGCUGCCCUGGGAGGGUCCUGAUGCCCCGGAAGAGGAAGACGAUGAAAGUCAAGAAAAUGAAGAGGGUGUGAGAGGAGACACUGAUGGGGAAAGCGCAGAGCCCUGCUGGGAAGCAGAGUCACCCCAGAAGGAGAGCCCGGCAGCCCUCGGCAGGACGCAGAGGAGCCACGUUGUGGUCAUCACCAGGGAGGUCCCCCGCCUCACCGUGGCUGAUUUUGUGCGGGACUCCCUGGCCCAACAUGGGAGGAGCCCCGACUUAUACGAGAGGCAAGUGUGUCUGCUGCUCUUACAGCUGUGCUCUGGCCUUGAGCACCUGAAGCCCUACCACGUCACUCACUGCGAUCUCCGUCUGGAGAACCUGCUGCUGGUCCACUCCCAGCCCGGGGGUGCCGGCCAGGGCCUCGGGCCUGCAGAGCCCCGCGCUGCCUCCUCCCGCCACACGAGGCUCAUCGUAAGCAACUUCUCUCAGGCCAAGCAGAAGAGCCACCUGCUGGAGACUGACAUCCUCCGGGACCAGUCCCGCCUGGCCCCCGAGAUCGUCACGGCGACCCAGUACAGGAAGUGUGACGAGUUCCAGACGGGCAUCCUCAUCUAUGAGCUGCUGCACCUGCCCAACCCCUUUGACGAGAGCCCAGAGCUGAAGGAGAAGGAGUACACGCGAGCGGACCUGCCUCGCAUCCCACUCCGCUCCCCCUAUUCCUGGGGCCUGCAGCAGCUGGCUGGCUGCCUCCUGAACCCCAACCCCUCCGAGAGGAUCCUCAUCUCCGAGGCCAGGGGCAUCCUGCAGUGUCUGCUCUGGGGCCCCCGGGAAGACGUCUUCCAGACGUUGAGCACUGCCCCCAGCCCAGGGCAGAGGAAUGCCCUGCUCCAGAACUGGCUGGACAUCAGGCGGACACUGCUCAUGAUCAAGUUUGCGGAGAAGUCCUUGGACAGGGAGGGGGGGGUCAGCCUUGAGGACUGGCUCUGUGCUCAGUAUUUGGCUUUUGCCACUCCAGACUCCCUCAGCUGUGUCGUGAAGAUCCUGCAACACCGUUAAUGCAUCCUGGUCACUGCUUUUCCUUCACUGUCGUCGUAUUCAAAUUACCCACACGCUUCCCCAGCCUCGAAGUCACAGAAUUCAAGGAAAGGAGAGUCAGACCGUCCAUCCAUGUCCACGAACCAAGGACACUCAGAAAGGUGUCCACAGCUCCAAAUCAAGGGACCAGCUGAGUGUCUUAUCUGUACAGAAACUCAACUGCACCAGCGUCCAGCUGCCUUCCACGGGAGCACCUUUCACCCCGAUUGUCCCACAAAUGCAGAUUAAACAAAAAAAGAACAUUUUUGAAGGGAUUGCUCCUUUGGUAUGAACUCAGUGUCCAGUUCCUCCAUACUUCUGAAUUCCACCUGCCUUUUUAACACCAAGUAUUUAUUCUCACUAGCAAUAGAUAGAUUUAACCAAUUCUUACCGUCAUCCACUAAGCUCUCACAACAGACUUUCUCCCUGUGUUACCAGGCAGAACUGCCAUGCUUAGUGUCAGCCCAGUUUGGGUUCCAGGGAUGAUGUUCUCAGUUGUAGCAGGUAGUAGAAGGACAAGGAACAACCCAUCCCUUGGGUCGCGGACCCCUUUUCGUUUCUGUUAUCGAUAAGUGGGUAGCUGCAUGAGGAUGGCCCUAACUGUUCCCUCUGCUGCCACACUGCCCCGUUCUCCUUCACCUCCACUCUGUCCCCACUUGCCAAUGAAGUUUGACUUUAUCGGCCACUUGUGACCUCUUACAGAGCUGGCCCGUAGGGGUAUGUGUCACCAAUGCCUCAGCAGGCUGGAGUGCAGUUCAGAUCUUAUAAAUAGCUGCCAGUCUACAGGAGAUGACUUUCCUGCAUGCGCAAUUCUCUAGGAACCAUGAUGGCAGCAGUUUAAAGUACGGUUCUUUGAUUUCUGUCAGGGUUGGCAGCCAGGGCUGGUGGUGCCCAGAUCACAGUUUUUCCCCAAGCAGUCACUGGCCGGCUUCCUUCUAUCAGCACCCAGUUAACUAGUCUGCCAAGUGUGUCGAUAGCGGCCCUGAAUGAUCUCCUUAGAGGGCAUGGCACAAGUGGGUAUUAGGGUGGCUGGAGGCAGGCGAGGGGGAAGCUGCUGACGAGGCUGCUGACCUUGCUGGAGAGACGCCUCUCACGGCACUGGCAGUGCUCCCCGUGACUCUGAAGUGGCCCUGAGGACAGUUCCCAGGGGAUCUGGGAUGCUGAGCUGAGUGGCUGAGGACUGCUCACCGUGUGUGAGGUCUGUGCUCCGGUCCUGUGGGUAUAUGUGCAAUCUUUAUGUACUUUUAGCUGUGUAUUACAGUGUUUUAUGUUGCAACUUCACCUGAAGCAAGGUCCCCAGAAGUCCUCCCCUUUUCCCUUGGCACAUAUUUGCUCUAAGAGACAAGUGUUCCUUCCACCGGGGUUUGUGAGUAUAUGCGUGCUUGUUUUGUUCAAAGCUGUGAGUAUCUGUUUACUUCAACAUUGAAAUCCCAAGAGUCACUCGACAGUAUGAGUGUGUGUCCACAAGUGUGCCCAUGUGUGUGCAUGUGUGUGCUGGAGGUCGAGGCCAGGCCUCGGAGGAGGAACUGUGGCAGGGUUGAUAGAAUGUUGUCUGCACCUGGCCAGGGAGGGAGCCCUGGGCUCUCGGUCGACCAACACAGAGGUUCUUAACCUAGACUGAUGGUGCAGUGUGGCUUAGUUCGCACAUUAGUGGCCUUUGGAAAUUUCUAAACUUUUAACAUUUUUAACAGCCUUUCAUGUGAUUCACUGGUAUUAAAGAGGAUCAAGAAAGGAAAAGAAUGUAUUUUAUUGUGCUUUUUCUUUUUCUUUAAAGAGACUGGCCAGCAGUCCAAGACUCCCAAGGCAGAGAGUUGUGUGGGCCACAAAGAGGGUUCCCUCCCCUGGCCAGAGUGCAGGGCCCCGCCCCGCGGAGAGCCAUACACAGCAGCCAGCGUCCUCUCUCAGUGUCCCGGGCACGGCUGCACUCGCCUGACGGACUGGGGCGUGGCCCCCCACCCAGCCCCUGUGCACAUGGCUCCUCGCCCGCUCACACACUGAAGCAGCGCACGCACCCUGACCGUGUCAGCGGCACGUCCCGUGGCAGCCCUGCCUCACUCCCCAACCGUGCUGCCUCAGUGUCACUCCGUGCCUUGCCCAUGUGAAUUUGUUGACUAUUUAAUGAGGUUUCAUAUUUAAUGAAGAAAGUUCCCUCUCUGUUUGUUCUCUAAGUAUUCUUUUUCUUUAUUUUUCUUCUGUUUUGACUUGGAUCUAGCCUCCUUCAUUUUAACUCUAGUACUGUAACCAGAUACCCUCUACUACUGUUAUCUUACAGCACUGGUCACCAAGCCCCUCUCCUGAUAUGCUCAGUGCCAUUUUUACCUUCAGAUUUGUGAAGGGCAAAAGACAAAUGCCAACUAGUAGUAAAAGGGCCUCAGGCUUCCCAGAGACGGGGCUAGAUUAAUAUUUCCUGAGUGUUCGUGAAAAAUGCGAGGCAGAGAGGGAGAGGGCGUUACAGGUUAGAGCAGAACGGAUGAAACAACUGUCUGGGCAAGAGGACCACGUCAC